AUGCCUCUAGCAUCACAACUGGGAUUCGAAGAAUCCUCACUGGAAAUUUCAUCGUCAAGCACGCCCCCUAGGGCUCAAGCACUUAGCGUGCGCCCGGAGGCAGCUAGGCAGUCGGAUUCAUCAAGUUCGGGGCCGAUUCGGAGGAACCGGGCUAGAUCAUUGUCGUAUGGACCCGCAUCGAGGUCUUCAUCCCUGCAACCGGCACCAACCUUUGCAGCGAAUGUUGGCCCUGCCCGUAGUCAGAACCCAACCGGCCCGAACACGAGCCAUCAGGAGUUGCACUUGCAUCAACAUGCCCAUCGGCAGCAGGUCCUUCAGGUUGGGGUUGACCCGGUAGCCCAUGCGAACAUGCAAUCCGAAGCAACAUCAGCCAUCAUGAACGCCAGAGCUGAGACAGCAGCCGUGUUUGGCGAAGCCGAAGCAGUGAUUCAGUCUCUAAGAUCAGAGAACCAACAGCUAGGUGCCCAGGCCGCUGCGAUUCAGGGUGAGUCGUAUGCCGCCAUACAGGCGCUAAGGUCCGAAAACCAGCAGUUGGGUUCACGCGCUUCGGUGAUUCAGGGUGAAGCUGAAACGGUGAUCGGAAACCUCCGAACUGAGAAUCAACAGUUAGGGGAGAUGAACCGUGAGCUCAACCAGAAACUCGAAAAGCAAGCUAAGAUGAUCCUUGAGCAGCAAGAGUUAUCUAAGGCUAUGCAUCAGCAGCUAAUCGCGCUUCAGUCGCAUGUGCAAGCUGCCGAACCAAAGAACCCAAGCAUCCCUUCAUCGGCUAUCCCCGCGAGCUCUACCCAAAAUGGCGCGGAUCAGGCUGCGUCUGCAUUCAACGCAUUGCAGGCACUCGCGGGUGAAGUUGGGGGAACAAUGCGAAGGAUUGAACAGGCAAUUGAGGCUUCCGGUUCUAGUGGUUCGGUUGCCCCGGGUCCGGUUGAGUUUGGAUUGCCACCGUACCAAUGCAGCCGUAAGAGCAUCUUCACGGGUAGAUUGCAUUCCGCAACACCCGCUUCUCCACCUCCUCCACCACAGAAGCUAAAGCCCCAAGUCUUCGACAUAGCAGAUGAAGAUGACUUUGAUGAGCAUGGCGAAGAUGAGGGUGAUGAGGACGGAGAAGAUUUCGAGGAUGAUCCAAUCGUCCCCGUUGCGGCUCACGAGCCUGAAGAUGACAGAGAUUACGAGUCUAGCAUUUAUAAGUACAAAGACCUGAAAGACAUCAAGCUUCCCCAAAUUCCGGGUUCUAGCGUUGAGUUCAGGGCUUACCGCAAUUCGGUGCUAACACAGAUUGCGUCAAUCGAUUGCAGCGGCAAAGCCGUCCUGUUGAAGUGGCUUCAGAAGAGCCUUGAUCCAUCAGGGAGCAUUGCAUUGACACGGUCGCUUCAGCAGGAUUGCGAGGGUUUGCCUAGACUUGAUGGGUGGAUCUCCGCAUGUAUCAGUGAUGCGAAACACCUAAAAGGUGAAUGGGGAUUGCAAGCGCAGUCGUACUUGGAAAGGUGUCAUGCGUCUGGAACAAUGCCAUUCGGUCGUGCACUCUUGUCCAUUCUUAGCAGAAGAUACCGGAUAGAUAAAGUGCGCGGGCCAUUGGUGACACUACAAUCCUUGUUCGAUCUAGAACCUGACUCAUUUUCUUACCAAUCGCUUGUAGCCUUCAAACAACGCGUCGAGUACGUGUUGAAUGGCUUACCGGAGCGGCAAUGGCCAGAUGCCGAAACAAUGUUUUCCUGGAUCUACUCACGGCUAAAGGGAUGCAGGAUGCUUUCACGCACAAUUGAUCGGGUCAAAGAUGCCAAGCCGGGUUCCAAGCGUAGGACAUUUGAGUACAUUUGGAACGGGCUCGAAGAGGUUCUUGCAGAAGGUGCCAACAGGGACAAAGGCAAAGGUAAAGGGAAAGGCGGAGGUAAGGAUGGCAAGGCUAAACCUCAGAAACCUCCAGCUGCAAAGGAUUCGUCAGCUGAACAAUCCGGCCAAAGGCCAGCGUGCUUCUUCUAUCCAAAAGGAACAUGCACUAGGGGAAAGGAUUGCCCUUUUGAGCAUGUAGAUGCACCAAAGAAAGCUGCUCCAUCAAAGGCCGCCCCAAAGGUGCCUGCCGGAGUCGCCAUGUUAGCAGCCGCGUCGACGGGCGCGAGCGCAUGCAACAUCCCUUCAUCAUUUGUCCGCGGUUUCAAAGCCACAUGUCGCUUGAUCACCGCUCCCUUUCGUGUGUUUGCCCGCUUUGCGGCAGCACUUUCAUUUGCAUUGCCCGCAACCGGCAUUUUGACUGAUAUGUUCAGCGAUCACAUCCGGUCAACCAAGCCGUUGCAGUUUGAAACCGGGAAUGGUGUGACGAGCAGUGGCACCUUCCUUACUACAACGAGCGAUGCCUUUGGAUCAGUAGAAUCCUAUGUUCUGCAAAGCUGCCCGGUAGUGCGGUCUUUAGGCCAACUAGUAGAGUUGCAGCGAAAACCUUUCGUUUGGCUUCCUGGUAGCAUGCCGUUCUUCGGUAGUGACGAAGAUUGCGUCCAGAUCACUUGGGAUUCGGAUCGUGUCAUUUAUGCCCAUAAGGUUGAUGACUAUGUUCCGGUAUUUCGUGAGCAGAUCAGGUUUGGUGGUGAUGGUUUGCACAGAGCCUUAGCCGCUGGUGAGUCUGCUCCGGCAGCCCCAGCAGAGGUUCCUGCGCCCGCUGUCCCAGCAGAGGACCCUCCUCUCCCAGCUCCCGCAGCACCCCCUCCACCUGAUCCAGGGGAAGGUUCCGGUGCCGACGAUGAGGGUGAUGAGGAUGCACCAACCAAGGCUCAGCGGCUAAUCACUGAAGCCCAGACAGCACCUGGUGUUUUCGCAGGUUGGCGGUUCGAUAGCGGUCCAUCAUCAUUCAGAGAAGUCUACUAUGUCUUGGAUUAUGGUAAGCUAAAGAACCGUGAACCGGGGUACGAAAAGGCGAUCUCCGUCCCUAGAGAGGAAAUCCACGUUCCCCGCGGCAAUCCCAUCCUCCCGAUGUUCACCGCUGCAGAAGCUGCUUUGUCUAGUUUCACGAAAGCCGAGUAUGAAGCCAUCGAAUUUCUUGAUGUGCCGUUCAGCACGGUAGCGCCGUCAACACCCGUUGCCAAGCGCCACGAGUACAUUACUUUGGACAGACUUAUGCGACUAGGUGCAACACCUGGUUGUAAGGCCUGCAAGUUCGAUGGAACAGUACACACGCCAGUAUGUAAGGCAAGAUUUGAUGGUUUGAUUAAAGCCGAGAAGAUUGCCGCGAGCAAGUCAGUCAGAGACGCUGCACCGCCUGAUGUUGAGCGCCCUGAUCCUUUGGCGGAGUCUGCACCUGCAGCCCCCGAGGGUGAUGAGGAUGCUCCAGAGCGCGCGAGCUCCUCUGCUGGCCCACGGGCUCCAGCUGGUGUUGUAGUUCAGUCUUCCGAAAGCAAAGUUCCAACAGGUGAGUUUGGUUUGAGUGCAAGGUUUCUCGCAAACGAGAGAGCGCGUAACAACACCAGAAGGGUGAAGGAACUUCCAGGGGAAAAUGUUCUUAUCGAGUACGGUUGUGAAGACGAGUCUGAGAUAAGAGAUGCUUGUGAACGUUGUAAGGUUCAUUGUGUUAGUCUGUCCCAGUCAACGCUGGACUUGACUUCGCAGGAUGACAUGCAGCAAGUUGUUUCCCAAGCAAUCCCAGGUGUAGAUGCUUGGUUCACCAUACCAUGCACACAUAUGUCUUCACACCAAGCCGUACAUCGUGAGUCCCAAAGUCCCAAGUACGCGCGAAAGAUUGCACAAAGGCAAGCAACAUCCAAGCGAAUGUUGGUUUUGGCCCUAAAUGUUGCCGACCAUAUCAUUGAGCAGGGGGGUCGGGUUUCGUUUCAGUGGAGUUCUGAUUCGGGGGUUCUUGUGCAGCCUGAGUGGAUCGACUUCGCUUCGAAACACGAGCUCUCCAGUGUAGCCUGUGUCAGCGGUAACAAAGCCACCACCAUUGCUUCGAACUCCAAGCGAGUACUGGAGCACUUCGCAAAGGUGUCAACGAAGGAGUCAUCAGAGAUCAAUGCAACCAACAUCAAAGCGUAUGAGCUUGCGGAUCUCGUGAUACAAUCCUUGUUUCCCCAGAGGUACUUCAAAAGUGUCCCCAAUCUUGGUAAAGCUAGCGCGCUUAUCACCAAGAAUCUCUCUCGCCGAGAAUGGCAAGCUGAGCCGAAGGCGCUUGAAGCCAUCGCUCAAGAAGCUGAGGGGUUGCGCCGAAACGGCACAUGGGAUGACACGACGGCCAUGCCUUUGCAUGAGAUUUUGAUCUCAUUAGGCGGAAAGGAGUCCCAGGAGUUUCCAAGCAACUGGUUCUUUGAGUACAAGGAUGGGGUUCUCAUCUUAAACAUUUACGUCGAUGACUUGAGUUUGUGCGGAUUAACAAAAUUGCACACGCCAUUUUGGCAAGCGUUGAGGGCGAAGGUCAAACUUGAUCCCGAGUGUUUCAUAGGUUCUGAGGGUGUUCGGAUCUUAGGUAGACUGCAUUGUCGGUACGAUGAACCAUCGUCGACCACAAUGGCUUUUAGGAUGCCUGAGUAUGCUGAGCAGAUUGUCCAAACCUAUUGCGAGAUCACCGGGACAACGCCCGACAAGCUUCGUCGAGUGAACACGCCCUGCAUCGCUGAAUCGUCAAUGACCGACGAGGAUAUCUCAGCGCAAGGCGAGCUCCACGAUUCAGCAUCACGCAUCUUGAUGCGCUGUUUGUGGUUAGCUCGUCUCUGUAGAGCUGACAUCGCAUUUGCUGUAACUCGCCUAGCUUCCAGGGUCACUCGGUGGACCGCCUGGGAGGACAGACAAGUGCUUAGACUUGUGUCGUAUAUUCAUCACACCAGAGAUGUUUGCAUGAAUGCCAGUUGCUCUUGGGAUGCCGCUCCCGAGCUACGGGUGUAUACAGACGCUGACUUCGCAGCCUGUCCCUACACUUCACGUAGCACGUCCGGGAUUGUAGUCCACAUAGGCACAGGUCAGCAUGCAUUCCCUGUGAUGUGGCAAAGUCGCAAGCAAACGUCUGUUGCGAGGUCGACGCCAGAGGCCGAAAUGAUCUCAAUGGCAUCAGCCAUGUUUUCAGAGGUCAUAAACCUGCAGACGUUCUUACAGUCAGCCUUCAAAAGCACAGUGCCAAUCAUCUUCUUCCAAGACAAUGAAACUGUUUUGGCCAUCCUGAAGUCAGGAUACAGUCCAAAGCUUCGCCACUUAGGGCGCGUGCACCGCGUGAAUGUGGCAAGUAUGGCAGAGAUCUUUGAGCAAGAAGAUUUUUCGGCUACUUACGUGAACAGCAAGGAGCAAUUAGCUAAUGGUUUGACUAAGAUCAUCCCUCCUGCUGAGUGGUCUGAUAUGCUCACACGUUGUGCCUUCACGAAGGUCGUAGCUGAGGAAGCAGAGCGUUUUGCAAGCUCACUGCCUAGGAAGAUCACACAAGAAGACCUUGUGCAGCUUUUGUCGUACUUGCCAGGGGAGAGCGCCGGGGGCCACGUGUGGGUGCAGUCACAAGACGGUGGCUACCCAUGCCCAGACCUCAGUCGAGGUGAGAAGGGCGAGAUCCUUAAAUGGCCAGCGAUCUUCGAUCCAAGACGGUUACAUGCGACGACCCCUUGCACGAAGGGUGACAGAAUCGUCAUAAUUGCCUUCACACCUAGAAACGUGAGCAGGCUGCCCGUCGACAGCCAGCUGAAGCUGCGAGAGCUUGGAUUCCACUUCUAA